UUUGUUUCGGUCCAAACACAGAGCUGAGACUUUUUUCCCGAGGGAAAGUGAACGCACCGCCUCCUCCAGGUAACCAGGUGUCUCUUUUUCCGGAUCCCUCCGCCAGGACACUUCAGGAGUGAAGCAUCAGGAUGUUCCACGUCAUUUCCAGAUCGACUGUUAACUCUGGUGCCUUCAGUGUCCUGUAUUUCUACUCCUCUCUUUUCCUGAUACCCUCGUGUGGAGGUCAUGUGAUCGGUCCGUCUCAUCCGCUGACAGCUCUCAUCGGUGAGGACAUCAUUUUGCCAUGCCACCUGGAGCCUGCCGCCGACGUCUCCCGGGAGACAGUGGAGUGGUCGAGGCCGGACCUGGAGACCAGGUUGGUGUACGUGUGGCGCGGCAGCGAUUACGUGGAGGCGAUUGAUCACCCGUCCUACAAGGGAAGGACGUCGCUGUUCCUGGUUGAGAUGAAGCACGGAAACAUUUCUCUGAGGUUGUCCACGGUGAAGAUCUCUGACGGGGGGACGUACAAGUGCUUUGUUCCAAAACUGGUCUCCAGCUCCACGGUUCAGCUGGUUGUUGGUGAGAUUUCCAGUAGGAACAUAAAGCGAGACGACGGAACUGAACCAGGACACUUCAGAAAUUUUACAUGUUACAGUUUUAUUCCAGGGACCAGAUUGGACCCUCUGCCAGACUAUGGUAUUGGUAUAUUUGAGACCCCUGCUCUAGAGGCCGGGUUCACCUUGGAUAGGCUUCAAGUCUAUAACAAAAAGACAUUGAUUUAUUAUCUGUUAACGUCAUCAUCUGACCACCUUAAGUUUGGAUUAGUUUACAACUAAAUGGUCCAAUUGGUACCAGAUUAUGAUUCUAAUUAGAGUCAUGUCUCGCUACGACAAAAUCUCUCAUUUAUUUCCUUCUCUCUCCUGUCACAGGUUCUGUCUCCUCACCACUUAUCACCAUCGUUAAUAUCACCAGAGGAGGAGUGGUGUUACAGUGUGAAUCCAGAGGCUGGUAUCCAGAGCCUGAGGUGUUGUGGCUGGACGCUGA